GCAGUCUACUGGGCAGCCAUGACAGAGAACGUGAAGCUGCUGAUGUGGAGAGGACCAGACACCAUUAAGGACGAGCAGGAUAACAAGGUAGCAGAUUUUUGUUUACAUGGCACCCAGCAGCUACCAGCUGAAUUGUACAGGAAGGAUCUCCCCCUUACUGUUCAGCCCAGGAGAAUAUUAUGAUGAUACAUGCGCAUUACGGAUAAGUUGCGUAAACUAUGGAAAAAAUUUGAGCACUGUGUACACAGGUGACUUUGAAGUUUAG